AUCAUACAGUUUGUACAGCGUCGACCGUUGGUGGGUAUAAAAAGUAUUUUCACUGGCUGUAGCUAGUCAUUGCUCACUCAGCAUUCAAGCCCCGAAAUCAGCCGCAAAGAUGAAGCUCAAAGCUGUCAAAAUUCUCUUGCUCCUUGCCCUUUUGGGUGUUUCCUAUAUCCAGGCCGUUGUGGUCGGCCCCCAGCAAUUGCACAAUAACAACAAGAAUGGCUAUCGCUAUAACGGCCCCGCCCACAAAUAUCUGCCAUCGGAGGAGCCGCACUCGCACGGCAGCAACUUGGAUUCGGCCUCGGAUUUGGGCCACGGCCACCGUCAGCAGGCCUUCAACGGUCCCUAUAGCUCACAGUUUUACGAAGGACAGCAGCAACAAGGCCAGGAACAUCAGCAACAUGGCCAGGGACAACAGCAAUAUCGCCUUCAGCAGGAUGUGGAUGACUCCUGGAAAUCGGGUUUAUUCCAACAGCAGCAGCAUCAAGGCUUGGGAAACAACCAGCAACAUCAUCAGAUAUCUGGACACCAGGCAUAUAAUGAGGGAGCUGACUAUCAGCAACAUCAGGGAUUGGGCAACGAGCCACAUCAUCAACAGGCUUCCAACCAGCAUAGUCAGGGCCAUCAGCUCAACGAACAAUCGUACGAACCAUUUAAUUCUCAGAAACAGAAGCAGCAGCAGCAGCAGCAGCAACAUCAUCAAGGUCUGGGUCACCAGCAACAUCAGCAGCAGCGAAAGGAGUCCUGGAACUCAAUUCAAGGGCAGCAGCCCGAGCAAUAUGAACGCCAGGAAGCCGAGUCCUGGCAAUCUUCACAGGGUCAUGGCUACCAGCAGCAGCAACACCAACAAUUCAAUCAACAGCAACACCAGCAGCAGCAGCACAAUCGCUAUGGGCAACAACAGCUGCCUCUGCGUGGUGACCUUUGGCAACCCAUCCGUGAACUGGACCUCGAGAAACUCCCUUCGGCUGAGGCCAUUGCCAAUAGCCACAAGACGAUCACUGCUCCCGGACGAGAUGUGAAGCUAGUGCCAAGUUAUACGCUUUCCAGCGAUUUCGAGCACGAUCGGUUCAUUGGAUUGGAUGCUCAGGACACGCGACUGCUGACCCAAUCUCUGCCAGAUGCCUACCGGAAGCAGCUUUUUUCCUCGCCCUCAGGACCUUCCUCUUUGGGCCAGCGACAGCAUGAGCAGCAGCUGAGUGGAUCCUCAGCUUACGGUGGUUCCCAUGGGGGUUCCCUUGGCGGUUCCCACGGAGGUUCACUUGGUGGAUCCUCCUCCGACUUUCUGCAGAUGCAGUCCCACUCGUAUCAGCUGCCCUCUACCCACAGCACACACAGGGAAUGGCCUCAAGACAAGGAGCAGCAGCAUGGAUCUCAGCAACUAGUCUCCGGCAAUCGUCAGUACUCGGCUAGUGCCUAUGCCGUCUCCCCACCUCAUCUGCACUCCUCUCAGCCCUCUCAAUCGUCCAAAAAUAGCUUGACCCAUCCCAGCCGGGACUUCCAGCCACCCUACUACUAAAUCCAUUUCCAUUUCAUGGUGGAUCCGGGACUUCCAGCCACCCUACUACUAAAUCCAUUUCCAUUUCAUGGUGGAUCCUCCUCCGUAAGAUCCUGUACCCUAUUCUCAAAAACCCUAUUCAACACUCGCCUUUCUCAGGAAAAGCAUUUGGUCUGAAAAUGAAAGCUAUUUAGUAGGAGUUGUACAGUAAAAUACAUUUUCAAUCUUUUUUUUUUUGUUUAAUAAAGCAUGCAUUGAUUAACAUA